UAUAGAUAUGUCGCAGUUCAGAAAAAAUAGCAAGAUAUCCCCUGUGAAGUCAGUGGCUGAGAAGGUACCAAAGGCCAAGGUUUGUCCUUGGGUAGCACAAUGGUUCAACAUUCCUCAAGCUGUAGUAAAGACACUCCAGUUUAUUCUCAGUGUUCCUGUGAUUAUUUUGCUGCUUUUAUGGAAAAGUGAAGGUGUGACUAUCGCAGAUCUGAACAGGGGUGAUGUCAAUUAUCGAAACACUAUAUACGGGUUCAUUGGUAUCGGAGCACUAUCGUGCAUCUAUUCUGUGGGAGUGGCUACUGUUGGUCUUGCUGGAAUAAAGCUCCCAGCUUUAAUGCAAUCCAUCCUUGCUACAAUCAUUUUGAUCACAUGGCUACUUGGAGCUCCAGUCAUGAGUGCAAGUAUCGAGCAACUGUCCCAUACUCAAUAUAUCAGACUGAACGGAAUUGAUACCCUCUACUUGCUCACUGCAACGGGGCUUGGCUUUGCACUGUUAGCUGUUUGUCUAAUUGAUGUUCUCCUAGGAUUUCAGUCGAUGAGGAGGAGCAUUGACCAGGAAAGCAAAGAGUUCACUCGAGAGAUGAGUCAGUCCAAAAGCGUCAUGAUGGCUGUCCGUAGUGGACAGUCUUUUGCUGAGGCAAAGAGGACAUCAAACAAGUCAAUCACAAAACCAGUGGAUGAUACAUCACCCCUGAAGAACUACGAAGUUGGUCAAGACCAGGACUAGACAAAGCCAACUCAAAAAACAGCAUAGCAUAUUUAUAACAGUUAUGCUUAUUUGUGAGGGGACAUACACGAAGUACAAUAACAUAAACAUGAAGCAGUGUAAUUUGCAACAACUAAUGAUCUUUACCAGGGUCUCAUACAGAGGGGGUGGGAGCCCUGGGAUUUCCCCCCUGGAAAUAUGAAAAA